AUGGCAUACUGGACGACGAGCGGCGCCUACUACUACGCCGCUGCUGGGACCACGUGGCCGCCGCCCGGGUACGCGUAUAGUACGCCCUAUGUAUGGUCCGCGUGCGCCGGCGCAUACGCGUACGGCGCGGCGUCGGCCUCCAGCACGGGAUGGACCAGGCCGGCACCGCCGAUACCGCUCGCGUACUACGGGCAGCCUCCGCCCGCCAGCGCGCCAUUGCCAACACCCGCCGCACAGCCUGUAUGGAUGGCGCCGUACUAUGACCAGCCGGCGCCGCUGCCAAUCCCAAGGCCGCGGUCGGCCGCGCCGGCCGCGCCUACCAUCCCAGCGUGGGCAAUGGAGACCGGGCCGCCCCCCGGGAGCGCACCGGCGUGGGCCCGGAGUGCAGGAUCUGCGGCUUCAAGCACGUGGCCGGACGAUCCCUUCACGCCGCCGCCGAUGACCGCGCCGGCCCGGUCACAUGGGUUCGGGUCUGACAUCCACAGGCCGCCGGCGCAGGGGCAUCGGACCAGCCCGGGAGGGACGUUCUUCUCCCCGCCGCCGCCGUACGCAAGGAGAGACCCCGCAGAGGAGGAUGAAGAAGAAGACGAGUUUGGAGAGGUGUUUUACGACGAGGAUGAAGAGGGAGAUCACCGGGGCGGAUUCGGCGGUGGAAGACAACCGUCGGGCCCCGAUCCCUGGGGAUCCGCAGCGGCAUUCGGGCCAGCGCCGGGGCCGUCCGGAAGCAACGGGGCCUGGGGCUUCGGCGCUCCCGGGCCGGCAGCUGCACCGGGUGCGCAACCCGGACCCCGGCCGCGCGCGUACUCUUUCUCCGGCGCGACCGCCCCCGCCUUCGCGCCGCCGCCGGGCGUGUCGGCCCUCACCCGGGCUCAGUACGCAUUUAUGUGGUCGCGGUUCGCACACCCAUCCGCAGCGCCUGCCCCUCACGCGCAUUCCCCACCGAUGGCCUGGCCGGCUGGCCCCGUGAUCCCGUCCCCGCCGGUCUCCCAGCCAGCGGCGCUCCCCGCGCAGCACAAGUUCGCGAAGCGGCCGUCGACCCGGAGCUGGUGGCCGCGCUGCCGCAGCAAGUCGCGCGAAGGGGGCCGCGGCACCUGGAUGCGCCAGGAAUGA